UUUGUUCUCGGGCGGGCGGAGCCCAUUCCGUGCCUCCUCGCGUCCCCGCGCGCUUCCCGCUGCGCCCCGCUCCAGGCGCCCGCUGACGCGGCCCCGCUGGGUCCAGCGCUGCCCACCCGAGGGAGCCCGCGCGCCACGACCGCACCUCUCUCUGCCCCUCACACAAGCCGGCACCUGUACCAGGAGCCCACUGAAUCCACUAAUUGCAGAACUGAAAGAUAAACAUCAUGAGUAUUUCUUCAUUAGGAGAUAUUGGAAAAGGGAGGCCUUUACCAUCAGGAGAAGAGGAGCGCAAUAAUAUCCUAAAACAGAUGAAAGUACGAACUACACUGAAGGGUGACCAGAGCUGGAUCACCAAGCAUGACAACUCUGAGGACCAUACCAAAGAGCCAUUGUCAAGUCAAAACCGAGCUACAUCCUUCUCAUCUGUGAGAGACGAAUCAAAUGUCAGGUCUCCAAACACAAGAGCUCCAGCUGGUUAUAUCAUCCGGGGAGUGUUCACCCGAACAAUAGAUAGUUCUUCUCACUCCCAGCAUCACCCUUCUAAGACCAAUGGCGCUGCAAGAAGUGCUUCUGGGCAGCUGGGAACAGCUAAUUCUGGUCGUCCUCUUCAGUCGCCUGGCUAUAAGAUGACUACAGAAGAUUAUAAGAAGCUAGCCCCGUACAACAUCAGGUGCAGCUCCGUAUCAGGGACUGAGGAAGAGGAGGUGCCAUUCACCCCAGAUGAGCAGAAACGGAGGUCCCAAGCUGCAAUUGGUGUUCUCAGGAAGACAGCACCACGGGAGCACUCUUACGUCCUUUCAGCAGCUAAGAAGACCACUAGCAGUCCUACCCAGGAACUACAGUCGCCAUUUAUUGCAAAAAGGGUUGAUGUGGUAGAUGAGGACGUGCUUCCUGAAAAGAGACAAGAACCACCUGCUCUGACAAGACAUACUCCUGGCUUAAGUGUGGAUGGAAGAAGGACCCAAAUAUCUCAGGAGAUUCUAAUUGAGUGCAUGCCAAAUAUGCCUAGCCCUUCUGGAAACCAGGAACCCAGCUUGACAACUGAGAAGAUUGUCCAUCUGCAGAUCUCAACCCCCAGAGCAGGACUCCACCUGGUGGCCCCAGACCUGGAAGCCCUGAGCCCCUCAGGUGAUUAUAAGACAAAUAUGGACCCCAAGACCAUCGAGGCCUGGCAAGAGAUGCCUGAUGAUAUGAAAGGUGACCAAGGAGACCUACUAACAACCACUGAAUAUGCUGCAGAUCCCAGCACCCCCCAUCUGCAGAGCAACCCCAGUGCACUCAAUCAGCUCGUCAAACAUGAUGCUUGUGCCAGCAGCACUCCAGAUGCUUGUGAGAAGAAAAAUACAGCCCCCAAGAACAUCCACGCCUUACAGGAGAUACAUGGUGACUCAAAUGUGGCUUCUCAACAACUUGCAGAUCUCAGCAUUCCAAAGCCACAGAGUAGCCCCAGCAAACCCCAGCAGCAAAUCAAAGUAGAGGAUUAUACCAACAAUCAGAAAAGCCCUUCAAGCAGCAUUGCCACUGUUACUGUCUCCAACACCUCCGAACAAUCUCAAUUGACUGUUGCUGGUGCCUCAAGUGAGGUGGACUCCAGCUCAACUAUCAAAGGGAUUCUUUUCGUGAAGGAAUACAUGAAUGCUAGUGAAGUGUCUUCUGGGAAGCCAGUGUUUUCACACUGUGACAGUACCAGCUGCAUUGAAGACUCAUUGGAUCUGGCAAAGAAAGCCCCCCGUGAUGGCACUCCACCUUCUGACAGACCAACUGAAGGGGUCUGUACUUACUGUAGCCGUGAGAUCCAAGACUGUCCGAAGAUUACCCUUGAACAUCUUGGCAUCUGCUGCCAUGAGUAUUGUUUUAAGUGUGAGAUUUGCAAUAAACCAAUGGGAGAUCUCCUAGAUCAGAUCUUUAUUCACCGUGACACCAUCCACUGUGGGAAAUGCUAUGAGAAGCUCUUCUAGGCUGAACAGAAGCUGAUGAUCCCCAGCUGUCUUUGGCUGUCCAGUUGACCCAAAUUGUUGGCUCCUCCUCCCUUAUAUCCUCCAUGGUUCCACUGUACUUCUGCCCACCUUGUACUGAAGUAGCAUACAUUCAAGAUUGUAUAACAAUGAUGUUAUAAUUACUUUUGUGUAGCCUUUUAUACCUUAGGAAUAUCUCAGUUCAGGCUUGAAAUCCUUGCUUCCAAUAUAAAUGAAUCCACUUUGACUUCCCUAAGAUAUGUUGGCUUUGUAAUGAGUGCAGAUGGCCCAGUAUGUUAGACAUGGGUACAAGUCUAGGUAUCAGCUUAUGCAGACUUUCUGAAACUUCUGAUGGGCCAAGCCAAAGAAACUGUUGACGAUCCCUGGUAGGGAAAUUACAGGCAUUGAAUGCUAAGGGUUGGCAAUAGGCUAAUGUUUAGCUUGUCUAUUCAUUCUGUGUGAGUGUGUGGAUGUGUGUAUUUUUAAAUUUCUCACAAUUUUUGAAAUAGUUAAUUGUCUUUGAUUGAAUUGUGUAGCAGAUUUAAAUUACCUCCUCCCAUUCUCCUUUGAGUUUUUCCAGUCAGUUAUGUCAGCACAUGUUGGAAAGUUUACCCAGCUUUAAAUUUGAUAAGAUACACUAUUAGAAGGCUUCUAACCAAAGGGAUAUCCUUGUCCGUUUGAAUUUUCAUAGUUGGUUAAAAUCUUUAGCUUCAGUAUUUCUGGACUUUUAUUCUCUGAGCUGCUUUUAAGGUGUAUAGAUCUUAAAAGGGUAAAGAAGAAAACAGAUAAGGUUUCUUGAGACUUCGCCACACACCCGGCAUUACCACAAAGCACUGGCUUGGAUCUAAUUAAUAAUCUCUAAGAUAUUCUCAUCUUCAGUUUAGAAAUGAAGAAAGUAAUGCUCAGAGAAGUGUGAAAACUCCUGUAGAACCACUGUUGUCUCUCUCUUUCUCCCUUUCUCCUCCCCCAACCCCCCAGAGCCCAUACUUUCUCCAGAAGCGAUAACCACAAUGGCACUGACUAUGUGUCAGGCUGUUUGAAGGGCCCCUGUUCCUAAUGUGAAAUAUUUCCCUGAAGUGUAGUGUUAGAAAUGGUUUUGAAAAGUGUGAAAUUCACCCCAUCUCUGGGCUUCUUGGGUCCCUCCUCGAAACACUACGGUAAUUUAACUGCUCCCUUUCCCUCUCCUACAAACAGAGGUGUUCACAUGGGAACAAAUUUGGCUUAUGCAACUUCUCAAAGAAAAGCUUGCUAUCCAGUGAGAUGUGCAGUAGGCUCUCUGCCCUGAUCACAUUGCCUUUUGUGACCUGUUUUCUAGUCCUGAAUCUGUCUCAAACUAACAUCAACUUCUAGGUCCCCAGGUACUCAAACACUGCCAGCUGAUGUCUGACCCAGCAGACGCAGGUUCAUCCCUGAGUUUACUAAUACACUGCUCGGAUUCAACUUCACUCUGCUGCCUUUGGGCUCGGCCUUAAAUUGGAAGCUCCUUGAAAGGAAAAAUAGCCCUCAAGACUUGGGGAUGCAAAAUGAAGGCCUCUUUGUUGGAUUUACUUAUAACUCUUCUCUUUCUCCAGAAUUUGAACCCUAGACACAUUUGAGUGUGGACUUGUUCUUCCUAUCAUGUAAUCAGAGAAGAACAUUCUAUUUAUUUGACUAUCUGUUACAUGUACUCUGAAGAGGAGAAGGAGUACAUUGUUCCACACCCAGAUACUAAUUAUGAACUAGUCUUCUCAAGUUCAGCUCUAGGAUGGGACUUAGCAGAUGAUGGGCAUUACCAUAUGUGUGCCAAAUGAAUUAAUAAGAGAACACUAAGUUACUCCCUUAGUUACCUGGGCAUGUCAGUACAGGCCUCAGGGAUGGAAGAAGAGGCUCUGUAUCUGAUGAAUUCCCCACCUUAAAGGUGUACUCUGCCAUUUAAAGAGUUUUAGAAAUAUGGAAUAUACUCAGACAGCUUGUAAGGUUAGUACUGAUUUGAAUCCAAAACAGCCCUUUUGUGUCUUAGACACAAAAUUCUGCAGCUAACAGACGGAUGGUUUUGCAUUAAUUUACUUCUUUUUAAUUGCUUAGUGUUUUAAUUAUACUUGUUUAAUCCACAUUAAUGUACACAAAUGACAAUAAAUGUUAAGAUAUUACA